UAUAUAUAUAUAAAUAUUAAUUUAAAAACACAACUAUGCCCCGACAUGCAGAUCCACUUUUGUUAAUACACACACACAUAUAGGUGUAUUACACACACGCUUAAUUAUACCCACCAGAAAGCAACUGCUAACUUUUUUGAACACAUCAACAUUUAACACGACACACAACUCAUUUUACACACACAGCACAAACACAAAACACACACACGUCCCACUCACACACUACAUAUCUACACACACACACACAUAACACAACACAAAAGCCGACAGUUUUGUACAGAAAGAAGGACGGUGAGCUGUGCUACCAUCGUUCGUGUUUAACACUCUACCUUCUAAGCUCCAACUUUCUCUGUUGUUUCUCUCAUUACCUCCGCGCACCCCCGUCAUCCACAUCUAUUUAUCUCGCCACAUAACUCAUCAUUAUCAUCGUCAACAUCGUCGUUAAUUGCAAGCACCGCCUCUCUCUCUUCUUCUGUCGUUGUUUGUUUACAAAUUUGGAUAACUUUAAAAAUAAACAACAAACAAAACUUGUAAACCAACAAAACUGGAAAUGUUGGUGAGAAACGUAAAACUGGUCUUCUUUGGGGAUAGAGGAGUUGGCAAAAGCAGCAUGCUCUUCCGUAUGACACUUGAACAUUUUACUGGUUCCAUAGACACAAAUUUAGGUUCUAGUUUCUUAUCAAAAUCAAUCCAGUUAGAUGGCACCACAUACAAGUUCCAGAUAUGGGACACUCCAGGACAAGAAGGACUUCUUACCAACUAUUCCAGCCAAAUGCACGGUGCCUCUGCUAUUGUUAUUGUUUACGAUGUUACAAAUAAGAAUUCUUUUGCAAAUGCUACAACCAGCUGGUGGAAGAAGGUCCAGAAACAUGGCGGUGCCAAUUUAGUAGUGGCACUGGUUGGCAAUAAAUGUGAUCUAGAAGCUAGUAGGAAGGUCAAAACAACAGAUGGAAAGUCGUUUGCUGACAGCAAUGGGGCAGUGUUUGUCGAAACAAGUGCAUUGACUUCCACAAAUUUAGUUUUCUUACUUCAGGAAAUUGCUCAAAAGUUACCCCCAACUUCAUGUGAAGAAGUAGAAGCUAGCAAUGACUCUUCUUCAAAGGAUGUCUCUGACUCAACCAGCAAAACAUCAAAGAAAAGUGGUUGCAAUCUAUCCUGACCAUUGCAUCUGUUGUUGUUAUCAUCACAGCCUUAACCGCGACAAUCACCAAUUUCCCCUGAUCAACUCCCUGGCUCAAAUCAUCCUGCAGCUGAUUCUAUCUCAUCAACUUUGCAUCUUUUGUUGUUAUGUGAAAGGAUGAAGGGGGGGGGGAACUUUUGUCAUUUGUUUGUUAAAUACUGACAUUUUUGUUGAUUUUCUUUUUUUUUUUUUUUUGGAAAGGGAAGGAGUACAUUUUAAAUCUUGUCCUCUCUCUCUCUGUCUAUCUGACUCUAUAUAUGUUUGUGAGUGCAAUAUAUAUAUAUAUAUAUAUAUGUAUAUAUAUAUAUAUAUAUGUAUGUAUAUAUAAUGUAUAAGAAGAGUGUUGUAGCCGGCUUGAAGCAUUGUGAUACAGAGGUGAAAUAACAAAGUAAUGAAGAUGGAGUGUUUCUGACAGUGUGAAAAGGGAAAAGUUUAAUAAUCUUUUAUGUAUGAGUUACAAAAGCUCAUCCUCAGAAGUAAACGGUCAGAAAAUGUGAGUCUUGGCCAGUACUGUAUAAACUCAUUGCUUUACUCUGUCCACUUCUGAUGCAGGGUCAUCGUGCCCGAAAUAUAUAUAUUUACUAACUUCUCUCUUUUUGCAUAAGAAGCUCUUUGUCUUCAUUACGUUGUGUUAUAUACAUAUAUACAUACAUUCAUGAAUGUAUAUAUAUUCAUAAAUAUACAUUCUUGUAUAUAAUUACUGUAUAUUCUUAAACACAUUUUUACAAUCCAACAAAUAAUUUUAUGAUUCUGUUUAAAAAUUCCAAAUCCAUACAUAUUCUCUGAUGAAGGAAAUGUGAAUUACCAAAGUUCAAAAGGUCUGACCUACACACUUCUUUGCACAUUCCCAGAAACGGCCGUAAGACUCUUUCUAUUUAUUGGAUUCAUUUGAGGACUUCUCUUUUGGGACUAUUGUGAACUGUUAUCUCAUCAGCUUGAACUUCUUAACUUAUCUGUAUGUAUUUAUGCAAUUAUCCAACUUUGAUUUGGGCAUGGAAUUACACUAUUAUAUGUAUAUAUAUAUGUUUUUUUAUGUUAUGUGUUUGCAUGCUUAUAACGGCUUAUAUGUGCCCUCUGUGUUUAGAUAUAUGUCGGCUUUCACGAGGAGCAUUAUUGACCUUGGAACUUGUCUCUUUCAAAUUAAUCCUUUAAUCUAAUUGCUCAAUAAAUUGAGCCCUGUGCUGUUGCUUCUUGGAAAAAGUCCACCUCUAUAAUUUUUCACUGCCUAUAUAUAUAUAUAUAUAUAUAUAUAUAUAUAUAUAUACACACACAC